GAAUAAGCUGUAAGAGGAAGUGGUGGGUAUGAGUAGCAAUGUUGUAGAGGGAUAUUGGCCAACUGCAGGCAAGUGGGACUAUGUUGGGAUGUUUGGUUGGCAUGGACGAGUUGGACUGAAGGGGUUGUUUCUGUGCUGUAUGAAUCUAUAUCUAUCGGCAUAUGAUGUGUUUGCUAUAUGCAUGUGUUUUGUACUAUGAUAUAUCAUGGAUUAACGCACAUUUAUACACGUAUAUUUGUACAGAAAUACUUGUCCCGCGAAACGCGUGGAUCUGUACAGACAUUAUAUUCGCGCAUAUGAGCAUUAAUGAUUAUUUAUAGUGGCUUGUCUUUGUGCGCAUGUUUAUGCUUUGCAAAUUACAAAACAUGACAAAACAAUGUGUAUAUAUGCAUUAACCUGUGAGUAACUGCAUGUGUAUUUGGGUUUAUAAUGUAAUUUGCAUACAUAAGUAUGCACCUGUAUGUAUAGCAUUUGUCAAUGUUAAUGUUUUCUGUCAUGUGUAAGUGCAUUUAUUUUAAACACUAUACUUUGAAAUGGCUUGAACCUUUUUUUCUAUUAUUCAUCGUUAUACAGCAUCGAAACAGACCCUUUGGUUCAACCAUCCAUGCCGAACAUAAUUCCAAACUAAACUAGCCCCACCUGCCUGCUGCCGGCCGAUAUCCCUCCAAACCUUUCCUAAUCAUAUUUCCAUCCAAAUGUCUUUUAAAUGUUGUAAUUAUACCCACAUCUAACACUUAAUCAGGAAGUUCAUUCCACACAGAAACCACCCUCUUGUGUUUAAAAAAAGCCUCUAUUUCAGACCUCUUUCCUCUCUCCUUAAAAGUGUGUUCCCUCAUUUUAAAAUUCCCAAUCUUAGGGAAUAGAUACCUGCCAUCAACUCAAUCUAUACCUCUCAUUAUUUCAUAAACUUCUGUCAAGUCACUUCUCAACCUCCUAUGCUCUGGUGAAAACUCUCAGCCAUUCUUUUAUAACUCAAACCUUCCAUAUCCAGUAACAUCCUGAUAAUUCAUUAAUGGAAUUUAGCAGCGCUGGCCAACUCAGCAUUCAUUGUUUCAAUAAUUGCUGUUCAGAAAGUGAUUGUGAACUGUCUUCUUGAAUGACUAAUCCUUGGGUCCAGUUACACCCACAAUACUGUUUGGGAAGGAGUUUCAGAUUUUGGUGACAGUGAAGGAACAGCGAUAAUAGCUGCAGGAUGGUACUAAGUCACAGACUUCAAAUGUAUUCAAGUUGAUGUCUGUUAGUACAUUUGUAUAUAUGCCUUUGCAUAUGUAUUUGAAUGUGCCUGUUUGUAUCUGUGCCUGUUUGUUUUUAAUCUGUGCUAAAAUUAGUUGUAGUGUAACUAUUUAUACACAUGCUUGUGCGUAAUUGAGUUACAGAGAUGAAUGUUUAUGCAUUUGAUGUGCGCGUGUUUUUUUUGUCUCUGGGCUGCUAAAUCAAAGUGUGCAUGUUUGUGUUCAUACAUGUGCAUGUGAAUAAGUGUGUAUAUGUUUGUACACUUCUUACAAAGAUUUGUUUUUACGUUCACUAUUUGCAAAUAGUUUGCAUGCAUGUGAUUUUUGUAGUUAGCUUGUGUGUGCAUCUGAGUAUACAUGUAUGAGUGCCUUUUUUGGGUUACUGUGUGUAUGUACAUAUGCAUAAAAAUCUUGCUGCCUUUACAUGCAUGUGGGUACCUUUUACCUGUCCCCACAUGCAUGUACAGACAUUAUUUAUACAUAGUGCAUAUUGACAUUAGCCUGGAUCUAUAUGUGCAAGCUCGUGUGUAUAUAGAAAUCCACAUGUAUGUUGUGUAUGUUUGAAUUUUGUGCGAAAAUGCAUCUGUGCACAAGUAGAAUUUGUGAUUUGGCUUACUGUUUUAUUUCUGUCACUGUCAUCAGUUGAGGAGGAUAUGUGCCUCAUGGGACUGGGGUUGUCUCAGAUUUGGCAGCACUGGUCUGUAACUUAGAUCACUAAUUUCAACAUCAUUGCCUUCUGUCACUUGGUACUCGGCGUUUUUUGAUCUUCCCCAUCAUGGGUGUAAGUAGUUGGAAUAUUUUUACAGUUUUUUGUCUAUCAAGCAAAAAUAUAUUAAUAAAUGCAAUACCAAAGCUUGAAAUCUAAGGAAAGCCAACAUUGUUUCUGUUCCAUGAGUGUUGAUCAUUAGAAGGCUCAUAUUAUUUGUAAUCAAAACAUAAUUUAUAGGCUUUCAAUUCCAAAAUUCAAUAACAUGGAUAUUGUAAAAUAAGGAAAUGAUUUCUUCGUACAAUUUGAGAAGGGCUUUGAGAAGAUAAUUUAAGUCAGUUAAAACUAUAACAGAGGCAUGUGCUCAACUCUGCGAUUAUUGUCAUAUUUUCCUCCUGUGCUCCAAUCUAAAUUUACAUUAUGAAAAUAUAAUUUUUUGCUCUUCAAUACACAUGUUUAAAAUGUAUCUCUUACUUUUUCAAAUAAUUUUUUGGUUGGUUUUUAAAAUUGGGGAUGCUAGCUGAUAAACAUUGUAUGUUUGGUUAUUUUAAAUGCUGUUGAUGAAUAGGUGAAACAGUGGACAAUGCACAUGCUAGAUCCAAUAGUCUGACGUCAAACUAACGUGUUCUGUGUUGUGGUUAAAAAUGAACAAGUAAAAACAUUUAAUGAAAGCAUUGAAGGAUAAAAGGAAAUAAAUGAUAAACGUAAUGUUACUUUGUAAUGUAACUUCAAGCAAUGUUUUAAAAGUCUUUUCUGGAAAGUAAUUUUUUACUUAUUUUACAAAUUGAGAUAUGAGGUUCCUGGUUUGAAAAUGACACGAAGUAUUGUGCAUACUGCUGUAUGACAAAUUGAAUUUUUAAAAUCAGUUUUGUAGCUUGUAUGCGUGAAGUUUUUGUCUGCAUUACAUUGUGUAAAGUCUCUAUGAGAAUCCAUGGAUGUAUAUUUCUGCACAUUUGUUCACGUUGAUUUCUUUUCCCCCAACAGGCUACUGAAGAUGCGCCAACACUUUCCAGUUAAAAGAAAAUACCCUUUAAUCUGCCGCUUGAUUACUGUUUGCAUUCUGUUUGCUUUUGAGGUUGUCAGUGAUUUGUUUUUUUUCUCCUUGCUAUUGCAGCAUGUUACGGCAUUGUGCAAGUACCCACGGGACCGUGGUUUUGUAGAAAAUGUGAAUCGCAGGAGAGAGCCGCUCGAGUGAAAUGUGAACUUUGUCCUCAUAAGGAUGGCGCUCUCAAGAGGACAGACAACGGAGGUUGGGCCCAUGUGGUUUGUGCACUUUAUAUUCCAGAGGUGCAGUUUGCAAAUGUUACUACAAUGGAACCUAUUGUACUGCAGUACAUUCCUCAUGAACGCUUCAACAAGUGCACAGCUGGCAGGACUUCUGUGUGAAGAAGAAGGUUCAGAAGCUGAUAAUGUUAAAUACUGUGGCUACUGCAAAUAUCAUUUUGGCAAGUUGAAACAGAAGGACAGGGACAAAUACAGGCAACAAAAAAUCAAGAAAUCUUUGGACUUGUCAUCUACAGAUCCAUCUCUCACUGUGACAACUGAAAAGAAUUAUACAAGCAGUAGCAGUGGGUUUAUAUCGGGAUCCUUGAAGAGACUGGAAGAAACGACUGCUAGAUUUACAAAUGCAAAUUUCCAGGAAGUAUCAACUCAUCCUUCAUGUGGGAAUGAAAAUACUGAGGUUAAAGCGAAGAAGUCAGGAGGACACAGUUCCAGUCAGAGGGGAAGAAAACCAGGUGUUAGAAAAAAUUCGACUUGUUCUUUUGUUCCAACAGGAUCUACAAGUCCUUUUCCACAAGACAAUCUAGUAGGAACUGUAUCCAGUACAAAAUCAUCUGGCAGUUCAGCCCAGCCUCUGCAAGAGUUUCAAACUUUCACUGAAUCAGAUACAAGAAGUGAUGGUUAUAGCAACUCUCAACAAUCCUCAAUCAGAGAGACAACUAAAGGUGAAAGUCUUCACCAAGAAGGGACUUUGAUUUGUACUAGUCCUGUGCUGACCCUUUCACCAACGUCAUCUGGACCUCCUGAAACAAUAAACAUCAAACCUUCAAUACACACUGAGAGUGGUUGUGAAGAAAAAGAUAUCUCUGAUGUUACAACUAUUACUUCAAGUGGUGUAUCAGGGUAUAAAAGAGCUCAAGUUGAGGAGGAAGAGACAAUAAAAGAAAAAAAGAGAAAGAGAAAUAAAAAGUACAAGCAUGGACCUGGCAGACCAAAAGGAAGUAAAAAUAAGGAUAACAUUUCUCAGCUUUCUCUCUCAUCUGCAUCACCAUCAUCAUCGUCAGUUACAUCUGCUGCAGGCAGUAUGGCAAGUGUAAGCCUGCAGGAAUCUCCAUCCUUACUCCGAAAUGGAAGUUUACAGAAUCUUAGUGUCAGCUCAUCUCCAGCUGGUUCAGAUUGUGAAAUUGAAACAGGAAGAUUUCGAGGAAAGAGUUAUUCCUUAAAUGGCAUUGAACCCAUAAGACGUGUUUAUACAAGUAAUGACGUACCAGUUUCACUGCAGAAUACACUACCAGGCUCGAGCUGCAGUCCUGCACUUUCCAGUUCUAUUUUACCAUCACAAAGUGCAACCCAUUUACAACAGUUGUGCACAUCACCUUCAGCUGCUGUUUCUGUUGCAACUAUGGUUUCUACAACUCAGGCAAGUGCACUACCGGAAUCUUCCUUUAAUCUUGCACCAUCGCACAUGUUUGGAAAUCGAUUAAAUCACAACUCAGCAAUUACACAGUCUGAAACAAAUCCAGAAGAUCAGAAUUUGGAGAAUAGCCGCAGCCUUCCUGGUAGGAGCAGCUCACCAAGAGGAAGUCUUUCACCACGAUCUCCUGCAAGUUUACAAAUUCGUUAUGAUCAAUCAAAUAACAGUGUCUUGGAGAAUCUGCCGCCAGUUGCAUCGAGCAUCGAACAGUUAUUGGAGAGGCAAUGGAGUGAAGGGCAACAGUUUCUUUUGGAACAGGGCACACCUGGAGAAGUCAUGGGAAUGUUGAAAUCACUACACCAACUUCAAGUUGAAAAUCGGCAUCUAGAAGAGCAAAUUAAAAAUUUGACAGCUAAGAAGGAACGCCUCCAGCUACUAAAUGCUCAGCUUUCAGUCCCAUUUCCUGUCAUGAAUUCAAAUACCAGUCCAACAACUCAAACACACCCAUUCACAGCGCAAACUGUUCACAACGCAACUUCCUUGCACAGCAGCAAAGGUUCCCAUCUGAGCAACAGUUUUCUACCUGAAAGUUCACUUCCAAAACCAACCCAGGAACAGGCUUGCAGUGAACAUAGUACUAGCAGUUCUUCUCUUGCCAGCCCAUCCACAACUGGACACAGUCCAGCUCGGCAAGGAUCAGGAAUUCAUCAGAUUAAUUGUAUGUCAGGAUCACUAGCUAGUGGUAUGCAGUCAAUGGCCUCCUCCAUUCCCACGAUGUCUUCAGUAGGUGGACUAAUGGGAACUUUACCAGGAAAUCAACUAGCAAUAAAUGGAUUUGUGGGUACUUUAAAUGGAGGUGUACAGACUCCCAUCUCAAUAUCACAAAAUGCAAGUCCGUUAACACAUUCAGCUGUACCACCUAAUGUGACUGUUCCAUUGUCCACCAAUCUAAACAACAGAACUAAACAAUCAAAGAAGACUGACAUUUUUUCCUUGAUAUAUGUGCCAGGAUUGAGUUUACUUUCUGAGCAAAGACAACUGUUAUUUCACCAACAGCAACAGCCACUUCAACAAUUGUUGCCAUCCCAGCAGCUUACUCCAGAACAACAUCAAGCUCUGUUUUAUCAGAUAAUGCAGCAACAACAUCACCAAAACCACCAUCAUCAACAGCAUGAGCUACAACAGCUGCAGAUCACUGGAACAGCACCAAUCUCUAUAAAUAACCUACUGGCAAAUGCCCAAACUCAACCACUUUACUCAGCCCCUCCCAACCCUUUCAUAUCCAUUCACAAUGAAACUUGCACACCAAAAGUUGCAAGACUCAGUGACAAAGGAAGUCAUGUUACACAGGAAAAAAGUUGACACAGGAUUUUUAAAUUCCAGAAUGUUUCUGUCCCAUUGUCACAGCAGUUUAACCAACUACAGUGGGUGAAUCUUACUCACAUGUGGUUGGAGGAGCUUAAAGGGAAGUGGCAAAUACACUGAAAAUUGUCAUAUACCAGAGAUAGCCCAAAUAACUUUGAUAAGAUGUUCCUACAUCACAACAUUUGGUUUACUGGUCUAUCAGAUUGAUUGCACUAAUAUGAAAUUUAAGAGACAUUGGACGUGGAGCAAUCCGAAAAUGAACUACUUUUCAGCUUCAUUGGUAAAACUUGAAUCAUUCAGUUUUGUGCUUGUCUUGAAAUGUUUUGAUGGAAGUAAAAUUAUGAUUUUUAAGUAAAAUUUAGAUAUCUUUUAAAUUAAAAUGCAAGUUACAUUGCAAAAAAUUAUACCUGGUUCUGCAGCUGUGACAGGCAGGACUUGAGAUAUGCAUCACCUGAGUGCUACAUUGCAUGCAUUCUGUAUUGUAUCCUGUUCCUUUGCUGUGAAUGUGGUAUGCUUCUUGGAUCACUGCUGGCAAAGCUAUUCAGUUGUGGUGCAAUAGGCUUCUGCGAUUUCUUUGGUUGCUGGGGUACAAGAUCAAUCUAUAAAGUGGAAGAAAUGGAUUAGCCUGCUGCUGGGAAAGAUUCCUUUGAGGGAUGUGUUGGCUGUCCGCCUAACCAAGUGCCUGUUGCUAGGUCCAUUGUGAAACAGCUCUGGACAGCUGAGUAUGCACUCAAUUACAAUUCCUGUCAGAGCAGCAGGAAUUUCCAGUAGUACAUCGUCUUCCUUCUUGGAAGGAAUUCCCAGCUCUCUACAUGGCUGAACCAGUUUGAACAGUUAGUAGUCUGACCCCCUCCACCUAUCCAAUUGUAAGAGUAUUUCAAGUAAUGAUAAAUUUUAAGGUUGAAUGUUGCACAGUUUGUACUUCAUCUGUAAAUAUGCUUCGGUAAAAUUGAGUAAUAGUGGGGAAAAAUGAAAUAUAAAGCCUAAAUAUUUUGGUUUGUAAUAUUUCUAAUUAACAGUUGCGCUGUUGACUGGAAGAGUAUUGUUUUCUUAAUUUAUUUUUAUACAUGCAAGGGAAUUUUAGAAAAACAUUAAGACCAACUGGAUUUUGUAGAUAAUUACAAAGAAAAGUCAGUGUGGUUAAUUUUAGAUUUUUAUUUCAACCCACUGGUUGUUCUGUAUCAAACUUUGUACAGAUUUUGAAGAUAUUUGCUGUAGUGUUUAUUUUAUUUAGUUGUAAAAUAUCAAAUGUAUUAAAGAAUGGUAUAAAACUCUCAGCAAUGAUCGUUAGUAAUGUUUGUACUUGGGCAUGACUGGUCUGCUAAUGAUCGAGGCUAAAGCAGUGACUACAAUUUCGGAGUUGCAGAAAAUGUACCCGAUGUUAAUGAUUUCUCUUACAGCCAUCUGUGGCCUACAACAAAACUAGCUGCUGUUUAUUUGUUGCGUAAAUAAUAGUGUUUUGUAUGAAUAAUUUUCCUAACUGUUUUUGGAUUCCAAAAAAAAAUUUAAGACUUGCGUUUUAAG